AGGCUACUCAACAAAUAGCAAAGCAUAUAGGAUUUUCAAUAGAAAAACAUUGACCAUGGAAGAAUCAAUGCAUAUACUUUUUGAUGAUGCUAACACUUCCUUGCAAAGGAAAGAUUCUUGUGAUGAUGAAUUUGAGCAGAUUCUAAAUUCAAAGAAUUCGAAUAAUGAUGAGCUUGAAUCAAAAGAACAAGUGGAGGAUGAUCAAAAUGACAAAGAAGAAGAACUCCCUUGCUCCACAAAUAUUGAAAUUCAAGAAGACUCCCAACCAAAUGUGGAAGAACUACAAAUUGAGGAACCUCAACAUCAAGAUAUUCCACAAGAAUGGAGGUACCAUAGAAAUCAUUCCAAAGAUGACAUUCUUGAUAGUCCAUCACAAAGAAUGAUGACAAGAGCUCAACUUAGAAGAUAUUUUGUUCUCUCUGUCAUUUCGGCCUAAUUUGUUUCUGAGAUUGGUUAUGGCACGAGACAAAGGAAAAGGGAAAGCCAAAAUCACCACAUACUCAUCAUCAAACUCAACUGACGCAAGUAUCCCUGCGUCACCACCUCCACAAAAGGAUGCUCCUCUGAUAAUUGGUAAACCAAAAGAAACGACCAAGAAAAGAACAAGCGAGCCAGUCCAAGAAAAGGG